GUUUCCUCCGCAGGGUGUCCGGGCUCUCCCUUAGAAAUAGGGUGAGAAGCUCGGUCAUCCGGGAGGAUCUCAGAGUAGAGCCGCUGCUCCUCCGCAUUGAGAGGAGCCAGAUGAGGUGGCAGGGGCAUCUGAUUCGGAUGCCUCCCGGACUGGUGAGGUGUUCCGGGCACGUCCCACCGGGAGGAGACCCCGGGGACGACCCAGGACACGCUGGAGAGACUACGUCCUUCGGCUGGCCUGGGAACGCCUCGGGAUCCCUCCGGAAGAGCUGGAUGAAGUGGCUGGGGAGAGGGAAGUCUUGGCGUCCCUGCUAAAGCUACUGCCCCCGCGACCCGACCUGGAUAAGCGGUAGAAAAUGGAUGGAUGGAUGGAUAUUUUGGAGCUGAACGGACCGGGUCUUUGGGAUGCUGUGGGUGGUUUAUAGUCAUAUUAGUUGGAUUAUUCACAGUGUGCCUCUUCCCCUUCACCAUUUGGUUCUGUUUGAAGAUAGUUCAGGAGUAUGAGCGCGCAGUUAUCUUCAGACUGGGCCGCAUCACAGACAGGAGGGCAAAAGGACCAGGAAUUUUCUUCAUUUUGCCCUGCACUGAUUCGUUUAUUAAAGUUGAUCUGCGAACUGUUUCAUUUGACAUCCCUCCGCAAGAGAUUCUGACUAAGGACUCAGUGACAGUGAGCGUGGAUGGCGUGGUGUACUUCCGUGUCAAUGACCCCAUUGCCUCUGUGGCUAAUGUGUCCAACGCUGACUUCGCCACCCGUCUGCUCGCCCAGACCACCCUCAGAAAUGUCUUGGGGACCAAGAACCUGGCCGAGGUCCUGUCUGACCGCGAGGGCAUCGCUCACAGCAUGCAGUCAAACCUGGAUGAAGCUACAGACAACUGGGGCAUCAAGGUCGAGCGUGUGGAGAUUAAAGAUGUGAAGCUGCCACAUCAGCUGCAGAGAGCCAUGGCUGCUGAGGCAGAGGCUGCACGAGAGGCCAGGGCCAAGGUGAUAGCUGCUGAAGGUGAGAUGAAUGCAUCCCGCGCCCUGAAGGAGGCAUCCCUGGUCAUCGCCGAGUCUCCGUCAGCUCUCCAGCUCCGUUACCUGCAGACGCUCAACACCAUCGCCGCAGAGAAGAACUCCACCAUCAUCUUCCCCCUACCCAUGGAUCUCAUUUCACCCUUCAUCCGCAAGUGACUGAAGUAGUUGCCUACUUGGUAGUUUGCUCUUCAGUUUAUAUUGUGCAGUUGUUGAACGGACAAUAUUUUACAGAGGAUUUGUUGAUAUAGUCAAGAUAAUCGUAGUCAAUACCUUUUUGCUGAGACCGUAUGUAUACUUCUUACUGGAACCAUUGCAUUUUCUGACACAUUUCUAAUUUAAAAUGCGCAUUCUUACUGUUGCAACAUCAGUGUUUAACCUUUAUCAAUAUCAUGGAACUAUAAAGAAAUACCAUCGUGUCACAAUGUUAUAUUUGUUUCAUUUUGUAAUGUAUUUAUUGUUUAGUCAUUUUACUUCCCCGCACCUAAUGAAUGACGUCUUGUUUCAUGCAAGGUCAAUAUCACAGUACUUUAGGUGUGUGUAUACCUAUACUGUUAUUUAAGGACACGUUCCAGUUGUUGUCUAGAAAAUAUUUAGACAUAAAAUUGGUUUGUAUGAGGCAUAAUGGUUUACAUUUAUUAGUUUUCUUCUUAAAUUAUUCAGCUUUAUCUAUUAGGAAAUAAAGCAAUAUGAUACAGUGGUCACCAACGUGGUGCCCACGGGCACCAAGUAGCCUCCAACAACCUCACCAGUGAUGGGACAGUUUAAUUUCCUAAGAAUGUUGUAGAAGUGAUCAUUUGAAAAUGUAAAUAAUUUCACUUUGUAGUAAAGUGUUGAAGAUUAAUAUUUAUUUUUUUCCUACCUAGUUAAAUAAUUGUUGAUAAAUCUAGUCAGAAAUCAUUAACAUGAUCAGUGUCAUGAUAAGCAGUAGAAAAUGGAUGGAUAGAUGGAUGGAUGGAUGGAUGGAUGGAUGGAUGAUCAGUGUCUUCACGGAGACG